UUCAGUACAAAAGCAGAGACAGUGACCCUACGCCGAUUUUACCGUCCACGGCGGGCCAUUCCUCUCCCUGGCCAGGAGCAGAGCAGCAGUGGGGGGAGACAGAGGAUGAGGCAGAGCCCAGAGAGGAGCAGCACGGCGCGAUGGCGGCAGGUACUGUUUGCCUUCCUGCUGUCUUUAUUCCGCGGGGCUCACGCAGAGCAAAUCCGAUACUCCAUUCCCGAGGAGCUGGCCAAGAACUCAGUGGUAGGACACCUCGCCAAGGAUCUGGGGCUUAGCGUUGGGGACUUACCAGUCCGGAAGCUGCGAGUUAGCGCUGAGAAGGAAUAUUUCGCUGUAAAUCCUGAGACCGGGGACUUAGUUGUAAGCGACAGAAUAGACAGAGAGCAGAUUUGCAGGAAGAAACCUCAGUGUACUCUGGAUUUCGAUAUUGUCGCUGAAAACCCACUAAAUAUUUUCCAUGUAGCAGUAGUAGUGCAGGAUAUAAAUGACAACACUCCGCUAUUCAAACAGGAGAAAAAUGAGUUAAAAAUUGGAGAAUCCACUAAGUCGGGUAAAACAUUUCCACUAGACCCUGCCCUGGAUGCAGAUGCUGGAUCGAAUUCCCUGCAAAGAUACCACCUUACUGAGAAUGAGUACUUUGGUCUCCUGGAAAAACAGACUCCAGAUGGACGUAAAUAUCCUGAGCUGAUUCUGAAACAUUCUCUAGACAGAGAAGAGCAAAAUUUCCAUCAAUUGAUCCUUACAGCAGUGGAUGGUGGGGACCCACCCCAAAGCGGCACCACCCAGAUCCAAAUCCAAGUUACCGAUGCCAAUGAUAACCCCCCGGUGUUCAGCCAGGAUGUGUACAAGGUCAGCCUGCCAGAGGGGGUCCCUCCAGGCUCCCCGGUGCUUCAAAUAACAGCCACUGACCAGGAUGAAGGCAUCAAUGCGGAGGUCAUCUAUUCCUUUCAUAAUGUGGAUGAACAGGUUGAACAAUUUUUUAACUUAGAUAAAAGGACAGGCAAAAUCACAACAAAGGAUAAGUUUGAUUUUGAAACUGCUAACAGUUACACUCUCAGUAUAGAAGCCAAAGACCCUGGAGAUCUAGCAGCCCACUGCACUAUCCAAGUUGAAAUUCUAGACGAGAACGAUUGUACACCUGAGGUGAUUGUGACUUCAAUAUUUACUCCCUUACCAGAAGAUUCACCACCAGAAACAGUAGUUGCUUUGAUAAAAGCAAGAGAUAGAGACUCUGGAGAAAAUGGAGAAGUUUACUGUGGCAUCUUGGGAAAGAAGGAGUUUAUACUGAAAUCUUAUUCCAAGAACUACUACAAGCUAGUAACAGAUGGGACCCUAGAUAGGGAGGAGAUCCCAGAAUACAAUAUCACUAUAGUAGUCACAGACAAGGGCAAGCCACCUCUCUCUUCUGCAGUAAGCAUCACUCUGCACAUAGCAGAUGUCAACGACAAUGCUCCAGUAUUUCAACAGACCUCCUACGUGGUUCACGUGGCAGAGAACAACCCCCCCGGGAUCUCUAUCGCCCAAGUCAGUGCCUCCGACCCCGACCUGGGACCCAACGGCCACGUCUCCUACUCCAUCGUGGGCAGCGACCUGGGGCCUCAGGCGCUGUCGUCCUACGUGUCCGUGAACGCGCACAGCGGGGUGGUGUUCGCGCAGCGCGCCUUCGACCACGAGCAGCUGCGCACCUUCGAGCUGACCGUGCAGGCCCGCGACCAGGGCGCGCCCGCGCUCAGCACCAACGCCAGCCUGCGCGUGCUGGUGGGCGACCGCAACGACAACGCGCCCACCGUGCUCUACCCCGCGCUGGGCCCCGACGGCUCCGCGCUCUUCGACACGGUGCCGCGCGCCGCGCAGCCCGGCUACCUGGUCACCAAGGUGGUGGCGGUGGACGCUGACUCUGGACACAAUGCCUGGCUGUCCUACCACGUGCUGCAGGCCAGCGAGCCCGGGCUCUUCAGCCUGGGGCUGCGGACCGGCGAGGUGCGCACCGCGCGGGCGCUGGGCGACAGGGACGCGGCCAGACAGCGCCUGCUGGUGGCCGUGCGCGACGGGGGCCAGCCUCCCCUGUCGGCCACGGCCACGCUGCACCUGGUCUUCGCAGACAGCCUGCAGGAGGCUCUGCCAGACCUCGGUGACCGGCCUGAGCCCUCAGACCCCCAGGCCGAGCUGCAGUUUUACCUGGUGCUGGCCUUGGCCUUGAUCUCGGUGCUCUUCCUGCUGGCGGUCAUUCUGGCGGCUGCCUUGAGCCUGAGACGCUCCAGCCUCAACCGCUGGAGCUGCUUUCAGUCUGGUGUGUGUUCCAAGCCCGCAACUGUGGUUCUCCCCAACUAUGGUGAAGGGACUUUACCUUACUCCUACAAUCUGUGUGCUACUUCGCAUUCCUCCAAGACCGAGUUUAAAUUUCUCAAUAUAAAGCCCGAAAAUGCCCCACCUCAGGAUCUUCUAUGUGAUGAAGCAUCUUGGUUUGAAAGUACCAGCAAUGCCAAUCCCAAAAUAACUUCCACUUCAGUCAAUUUGCAACAGGUGAGUUACUUCAAAAUCCUUUCUUCCAAUAACUCCAGGAAAGUCAACAAGAAGCCAAUAAUGGCGGCUCUGCAAAGGCGCCGGCACCACAGCGGAUUAGUGGUGCUCUUCUGGUUCCUGGGGAUACUGUCGGGGUGUGGGGCCGGCCACAUCCGUUACUCCAUUCCCGAAGAGCUGGACAAAGGUUCCUUUGUGGGUAACAUCGCUAAUGAGCUCGGGCUGGAGCCCCAGGAGCUGGUGGAGCGCGGAGCCCGCAUCGUCUCCAGAGGUAGGACGCAGCUUUUUGCUCUGAACCCGGGAAGCGGCAGCUUAGUCACCGCGGGAAGGGUAGACCGGGAGGAGCUGUGCGCUCAGAGCGCGCGGUGCUUGGUGAGUUUUAACAUCCUCUUUGAGGAUAAAUUGAAUCUUUAUCCAGUAGAAGUGGAAAUAAUGGAUAUUAAUGACAAUGCACCUGUAUUCCUAAGGGAAGAACUAGAGGUGAAAAUACCUGAAAAUGCAGCCCCGUCCUCUCGUUUUCCACUAAUAAAAGUCUAUGACCCUGAUGUGGGAAUGAACUCUCUUCAGAGCUUCAAGCUCAGUGAAAACAGUCACUUCUCAGUGGACGUGCAAAGCGAAGCCAAUGGCCCCAAAUAUCCAGAGCUGGUGCUGGAGCAUGCCUUGGAUAGGGAGGGAGAGGCCGUCCACCAUCUGGUCCUUACUGCCAUAGAUGGAGGUGUCCCUGUCCGCUCAGGCAUGGCACGGAUUCUGGUAACUGUUCUAGAUGCUAAUGACAAUGCUCCAGUGUUUACUCAACCUGUCUACCACGUGAGUGUUCCCGAAAAUCUGCCAGUAGGUACACCAGUGCUGUCAGUAAAUGCCACCGACCAGGAUGAAGGAGUCCAUGCAGAAGUAACGUAUUCCUUCGUGAAGAUAACAGAAAAGAUUUCAAAGAUUUUCUGUUUGAAUGUUUUGACUGGAGAGAUAUCAACUUCUGCGAAUCUAGACUAUGAGGACUCAAACUCUUAUGAGCUAGAUGUUGAAGCCCGGGAUCAGCCAGGUUUACAAGACAGAGCAAAGGUCUUAAUAACUAUUUUGGAUGUGAAUGACAAUGUACCAGAAGUGGUAGUUACCUCUGGAAGCAGAUCAGUUGCUGAAAGUACACCUCCAGGAACAGUAAUAGCUCUUUUUCAAGUACAUGAUCGAGACUCAGGACUGAAUGGCCUGGUAACAUGUUCCAUCUCAAGAAGUCUGCCAUUUCAACUAGAAAAGUCAGUAGACAAUUAUUACCGACUGGUGACCAAUAAAGUUCUAGAUCGAGAGCAGGUACCCUUGUACAACAUCACUGUGACGGCCAUGGACAAAGGAAUGCCACCUCUGUCUACAGAAAUGAUCAUCACCCUAAAUGUAGCAGACACCAAUGACAACCCACCAGCCUUUUCCCAUUCCUCUUACUCUGUCUACAUCCCUGAAAACAACCCCAGAGGUGCUUCCAUCUUUACCUUGACUGCACAUGACCCCGACAGUAAUGAAAAUGCUCAGGUCACUUACACCCUGGUUGAAGAUACCAUUCAGGGUGCACCUCUAUCUUCCUAUGUCUCCAUCAACUCUGACACAGGAGUCUUAUAUGCACUGCGCUCCUUUAAUUAUGAGCAGUUCCGUGACCUGCAAUUAACAGUGACAGCCCAUGACAGCGGGGACCCACCACUGAGCAGCAAUGCGUCACUGAGCCUGUUUGUGCUGGACCAGAACGACAACACACCUGAGAUCCUGUACCCUGCACCCCCCACAGAUGGAUCCACAGGAGUGGAGCUGGCACCCCGCUCCGCAGAGCCUGGCUACCUGGUGACCAAGGUGGUGGCGGUGGACAGGGACUCGGGCCAGAACGCCUGGCUGUCCUACCGCCUGCUCAAGGCCAGCGAGCCAGGGCUCUUCUCAGUGGGGCUGCACACGGGAGAGGUGCGCACUGCGCGCGCCCUGCUGGACAGAGAUGCGCUCAAGCAGAGCCUGGUGGUGGUGGUGCAGGACCACGGCCAGCCCCCACUCUCGGCCACGGUCACGCUCACCGUGGCCGUGGCCGACAGCAUCCCAGACGUCCUGGCUGACCUGGGCAGCAUCAGCACCCCCGCCGACUCUGAGGAUUCCGACCUGACCUUGUACCUGGUGGUGGCAGUGGCCGUGGUCUCCUGCGUCUUCCUGGCCUUUGUCAUCGUGCUCAUGGCGCUCAGGCUGCGGCGCUGGCACAUGUCACGCCUGCUCCGGGCUUCAGGAGGCGGGUUGGCAGAUCUCCCUGCCUCGCACUUUGUGGGCGUGGACGGGGUGCGGGCUUUCCUGCAGACCUACUCGCAUGAGGUCUCCCUCACUGCAGACUCAAGGAAGAGUCAUCUUAUCUUUCCGCAACCCAACUACGCGGACACGCUCAUCAGCCAGGAGAGCUGUGAGAAAAGCGAGCCUCUCCUGAUUCAGGAAGAUUCAGGUUUUUGUAAAGAGGACAACUCCCUUGUUGAGGUUAGUCGCAAUACCUAA